GUGAUGCCAUGUGCAACUUCCCAUCUGCUGGUGAACCUGCAGUACUUGGACUUUUCUGACAAUCUGCUGACCGACCUGACUCUGGUGGAAUCGCUCUGUGAAAAAAACAAAACGUUAAAGGAUCUCAGAGUUUUGAACAUUAGUGGAAACCCUCUGAAGUCUUUGUCCACGAUGAGCCGACUGGUAUCAAAGCUCACCAAGCUCACCCACCUGGACAUCAGCAGGACUGGCUACAGCUCCAUGCCAUUGAGUUGCUCAUGGCCGACUACCCUGAGGUAUCUCAACAUCUCCAGGGCUAAGCUUACCACCAUCACUUCCUGCCUACCAACAUCCUUGGAGGUGUUGGACCUGAGCUUCAACGAUCUUAAAUGUUUCAACGUGGUUCUGCCAAUCUUAAUAGAGCUCCACCUUUCUGGGAACAAGUUCCUGAGGUUACUGGCUGGGCGGCUCUUCCCCAAUCUUCAAACUCUGACAAUACAGUCAAACACCCUGAACUGGUUCGGGCAUUCAGACCUCCAAUCAUUCAGACAACUCCACAACCUCCAGGCAGGCGAGAACAAAUUCAUCUGCUCUUGUGACUUUGUCAGCUUCCUCCAAUCGCAGUUUGAAGGCAGUGGAGACGUUAAGUUAACUGACAGAGAGGACAGCUAUGUCUGCGACUCCCCAUUCUACCUGCAGGGGGAGGCAGUGAGCCAAGUCCACCUCUCUGUUGUUGUGUGCCACCAAGUCUUGUUUGUCUCUGUGAUCUGUGGUCUUGCUCUGUUUGUGGUGAUGCUGAUGUCUGUUGUACUUUGGCGCCUGCAUGCCUUCUGGUACCUAAAGAUGAUCUGGGCGUGGCUCAAGGCCAAGAGAAGUUCCCAGAGACAAAGCAAACGUGCUGAGGAGUCAGAACCAUUACUCUCCUUUGACGCCUUCAUUUCCUACAGCGAAAGAGAUGCUAGCUGGGUAGAGAACUUCCUGGUACCUGAGCUGGAGGAGCCAAGUGAGGAUGACUCUGAGAGUCCCAGGUCCUCUCGUCCAUUGACCCUGUGCCUCCACAAGCGGGACUUCCUUCCCGGACAGUGGAUCAUGGACAACAUCAUGAACGCCAUCGAGCGCAGCCGACGGACUGUGUUCAUCCUAUCCCAAAACUUUGUUCAAUCCGACUGGUGCCGCUAUGAACUGGACUUCUCCCACUUCUGGCUCUUUGACACCGGUGGGGAUGUGGCCAUCUUGAUCCUGCUGGAGCCAUUGUCCAUGGACGACGUCCCUAGACGCUUCUGCAAACUACGCAAAAUCAUGAGCUCCACCACCUACCUGGAGUGGCCUCAGGAGGAGGAGAGGAGGCUGGAGUUCUGGAGGAGUCUACGCAACGUUCUGCGAGGAGACAACAGCUGAAAAAUAACACCGGAAGUAUCAGUAAUAUAUUGGCGGAGAACC